AUGUCACAUAAUUUAAUUAAAAAUAUGGAAAUUAAUAAAAAAGACAACAAAUUCCCAUAUUGUGUUGUGUUUGCAUAUCUCCCAUGUGUAUCUACUUUUAUUCCAAUAGUUGGCCACGUUGGAAUAUGCACUUCAUCAGGAUUAGUUCAUGACUUUUCAGGGUCAUAUAGUAUCUCUGUUGAUAAUAUGGAAUUCAGCGAUCCUAUGAAAUACUGGAAACUUGAUAAAAAUAAAUUGCCAUUGGCAAUUACUGACAAACUAUAUGAUGACGCUAUUUAUAAAGCAGAUGAAGUUUUCUCCAAGAGGAAGCAUAACUUAUUCCUAAAUAAUUGCCAUCAUCAUGUAGCAAUGGUUUUAAAUAAUAUAAAAUACAAAGGAAGAUCUGAUUGGACACCAUUUAAAAUAUUCUUAAAUUUAAUAUUUCAUGGCCGUUUUGUUUCAUGGAAGUAUCUUUUUGUGUUGUAUGGACCCUUUUCAUUCAUAGUUCUAUUACUUAUAUUUAUUGCUACAACGCUUUAA